CGUCCUGUUUGCAAGUGCGUCACUACUCACUAGUGUUUUGGUGUUACUGUACGCUCGUAUCCAGCAGCAGCAUGGCGGCCAUUGUGGCGAACAAAUGCUUCAGCCCUCUAACUUUCCUCACCAGGAGACUUUCUGUUCCCGAGUUCUUCUCCCAGUGUUGCUAUCAUCAGAAGGUGGUGGAUCAUUAUGAGAACCCGAGGAACGUGGGCACCCUGGACAAACGCUCCAAGAAGGUGGGCACCGGCCUGGUGGGCGCCCCGGCCUGCGGAGACGUCAUGAAGCUUCAGAUUGAGGUGGACGACGACGGCAAGAUUGUGGACGCGCGCUUCAAGACGUUCGGCUGCGGCUCCGCCAUCGCCUCCAGCUCUCUGGCCACCGAGUGGAUCAAAGGCAAAUCUGUGGACCAAGCGCUGACCAUCAGGAACACGGACAUCGCCAAAGAGCUCUGCCUGCCACCUGUCAAGCUACACUGCUCCAUGCUCGCCGAGGACGCCAUCAAGGCGGCGCUGGCCGACUAUCGCCUCAAGCAGCAAGACGACCAACAGGUGGCGGCCCAGGCCUCCAGUUGAGCGCCACUUCCUGUUUGCUGAGAAGUAGUACUAGUAGCUGUUGGCCAAUGCUGCCCCCGCCGCAUCACUUCCUGUACCUGGUAACAAGCCACAGCCUCACCCUCCGCGUAUAACACGCUUUGCUUAGCCUGUCACGCAUCCGCACAAUUUUAACACUUGAUGAUGUUGUUCAUGUUGCUAGCAGAGUUGUGAGUGUUGUUGUUAUGAUGUAACUUGUAAUUUGCGGCAAAUGCCCAAUAAAACUACUGAAAUGUA